AGCCGAGACCCCGCCCCCCGCUCGUCGACCCGCCCGCGCCUCCAGCGGAAGCCGGAAGCACAAGCGGGCCCGCUAGCCCCGCGGCUCCGAACUCGGUGGUCUCGGAGGCUCGGCCGGAUGGGGGAGAAGAUGGCGGAAGAGGAGUUCCCCAAUACAACUCACGAAGGUUUCAAUGUCACCCUUCACACCACCCCAGUUGUCACUACGAAACUGGUGCUCCCGACCCCUGCCAAGCCCAUCCUCCCCGUGCAGACAGGGGAACAGGCUCAGCAGGAGGAGCAGUCGAGCGGCAUGACCAUUUUCUUCAGCCUCCUCGUCCUAGCUAUCUGCAUCAUAUUGGUGCAUUUACUGAUCCGAUACAGAUUGCAUUUCUUGCCAGAGAGCGUUGCUGUUGUUUCCUUAGGUAUUUUCAUGGGAGCAGUUAUAAAAAUUAUAGAGUUUAAAAAACUGGCAAAUUGGAAGGAGGAAGAAAUGUUUCGUCCAAAUAUGUUUUUCCUCCUCUUGCUUCCACCUAUUAUAUUUGAGUCAGGAUAUUCAUUACACAAGGGUAACUUCUUUCAAAAUAUUGGUUCUAUCACCCUAUUUGCUGUUUUUGGUACAGCAAUUUCUGCUUUUGUAGUAGGUGGAGGAAUUUAUUUUCUGGGUCAGGCUGAUGUAAUCUCUAAACUCAACAUGACAGACAGCUUUGCCUUUGGCUCCCUAAUUUCCGCUGUUGAUCCAGUCGCUACCAUUGCUAUUUUCAACGCCCUUCAUGUGGACCCCGUGCUCAACAUGCUGGUUUUUGGGGAGAGCAUUCUCAACGACGCCGUCUCCAUCGUCCUGACCAACACAGCUGAAGGUUUAACAAGAAAAAAUAUGUCAGAUGUCAGUGGGUGGCAAACAUUUUUGCAAGCCCUUGGCUACUUCCUCAAAAUGUUCUUUGGCUCAGCAGCACUCGGCACUCUCACUGGCUUAAUCUCUGCAUUAGUGCUGAAGCACAUUGACUUGAGGAAAACGCCCUCGCUGGAGUUCGGCAUGAUGAUCAUUUUUGCUUAUCUUCCGUAUGGGCUCGCGGAAGGGAUCUCGCUCUCGGGCAUCAUGGCCAUCCUGUUCUCAGGCAUUGUGAUGUCUCACUACACACACCAUAACCUGUCCCCGGUCACCCAGAUCCUCAUGCAGCAAACCCUCCGGACGGUGGCCUUCCUGUGUGAAACAUGUGUGUUUGCAUUUCUUGGCCUGUCCAUUUUUAGUUUCCCUCACAAGUUUGAAAUUUCCUUUGUCAUCUGGUGCAUAGUGCUUGUGCUGUUUGGCCGAGCGGUGAACAUUUUCCCUCUUUCCUACCUCCUGAAUUUCUUCCGGGAUCACAAAAUCACACCGAAGAUGAUGUUCAUCAUGUGGUUCAGCGGCCUGCGGGGAGCCAUCCCCUACGCCCUGAGCCUGCACCUGGACCUGGAGCCCAUGGAGAAGCGGCAGCUCAUCGGCACCACCACCAUCAUCAUCGUGCUUUUCACCAUCCUGCUGCUGGGCGGCAGCACCAUGCCCCUCAUCCGCCUGGUGGACAUCGAGGACGCCAAGGCGCGCCGCCGGAACAGGAAGGACGUCAACCUCAGCAAGACGGAGAAGAUGGGCAACACGGUCGAGUCGGAGCACUUGUCGGAGCUCACGGAGGAGGAGUACGAGGCCCACUAUGUCAGGCGGCAGGACCUCAAAGGCUUCCUGUGGCUGGACGCCAAGUACCUGAACCCCUUCUUCACGCGGCGGCUGACCCAAGAGGACCUCCACCACGGGCGCAUCCAGAUGAAAACCCUCACCAACAAGUGGUACGAAGAGGUGCGCCAGGGCCCCUCAGGCUCUGAGGACGACGAGCAGGAGCUGCUGUGACGGAGUGGGACCCCGUAGCUUCUGGGCAGGCCGGGCCGGAGCCUACCACCCGGCCUCCCAAGACCGACACCCACCCAGCAGGGGCGUGAGGCGCAUGCAUUUGGCAGCUCUCAGGGUGGAUGGAAGCAGGACGAAGCACGAACCGUCUUAACCCAGGACUUCCCAGGACUUCCUGGGCCUUUGGGGCCAGCUGGCUGCUCCUGGAGUGUCCUCUCCCCACUCCUCGCUGGGCCCGACCUCUGCUCUUGGGGUGGCUUCCCAGCCCGCAGGCGGGGUGAGCACCUGUGCAGGUAAAGUUUCUUCUUCUGCAGCUGGGGGAGCAGUCAUCUGUCUGAGGUGCCUGAGAGAGAUCCUGCUGGGGACCUGCUGUGCACGAGUCCUGGGGAGCGCCGUGUGCGGGUUCCGGCACUUCUGGCCACUUCCCUCGUCCCAAGGGCGAGGAGCCAGCACCCUUUCCCUGAGCGUGUCACGGUGGCCCUGGCCCCAGCAGCAGCAUGUCUCGACUAAGCGGCAGGGUCAGAAGCCUGGCAGGCCUCCUGCUCCCCUGCGUGGUGUUGCGCGCGCUCACUGAGAAAGAACACCUGAGUGACCUCUCUUUCUUUACUUCUGAUGGGCACCUCACAGGCUGUCUCCCUGGGGGGCAGGCAGCUCCUGCCCUUCUCUGGGAACGUUGCAAAUGUUUACACUGGUACCGAGCCCGAGGCCGCAGCCCCUCCCUAGAGCCGCAGUGGAAGCGGCAUCCCCGGGUUUUGCCGCUGAGCCCGCCUGUGAGGUCAGAGCGCCCUCUGGAGGGAACACCUGGGGGCUCAGGGUUUAUGCUGGCCAGCCACUGCUGUCUGUCGGAAUUCAGUUUCAAUUCAUGCACUUUUACAAAGAAGCAAGAGCCUAGCAGUCCCCUCCCUGCCCUCGAUUCCUCACCCAGUGGGCCUUGUUUGUCCAGAGGCCACUUUUCCUGGGCUCUGUGGGGGGGUCUGCCCAUCGUUCACAUGCUGCACCUUCACUGCUCAUCAGCAGUUUUUCUUUCCUUCUCCCAGUUUUCUACCAUCUUGGGUCCCAUGGGUCGCCAAAGUACUAGAGCAGGGGCCAGAGCAGCAGUGCCCUGUGCUCCUCCCUGCUGUCCCUCCCAGGGCACCAGUGGCCCGGAGCCAUAUGUGGCUGAGUCUCAGAAGUUCCCUUGUGGCACAGCAGGUUAAGGAUCCUGCGUUACCACAGCUGUGACAUAGUUUGCACCUGCAUCUCUGAUUUGAUCCCUUGGCCCAGGAACUUCCACACGCUGUAGGUGUGGAAAAAACAAAACAGAUGCAUCCAAGUCUCACCUGCCAUCCCCAAGAAGCCACCACUACCCCAGGACUCAGAGUGCUUGCACAUGCUCUUACACACACACACACACACAGACACACCCCUGCCCGCUCCCUAUGGUCUCAGCCCUGGAGCCAUCUCAAGGUGAAGACCUGGCAGCACACACACACACACACACCCUGCCCGCUCCCUAUGGUCUCAGCCCUGGACCCAUCUCAAGAUGAAGACCUGGCAGCACACACACACACACACACACACACACACACACACCCUGCCCGCUCCCUACCACUACCCCAGGACUCGGAGUACACACACACACACACACACACACACACACACACACACCCUGCCCGCUCCCUAUGGUCUCAGCCCUGGAGCCAUCUCAAGGUGAAGACUGGCACACACACACACACACACACCCUGCCCGCUCCCUAUGGUCUCAGCCCUGGAGCCAUCUCAAGGUGAAGACCUGGCAGUCACAUCCAGGUGACAUGGAGUUACUGACUCUGGCAUCCACCCCCUCUCUGGCCCUUUACCUGCUGGCUUUUGCCCUCUACAGGCCUCUGGCAAUUCCCAUAGGUGGCUCAGGGACCCAGCUGGAGCCCUGGGACUCGGCAUCCCCUGGGGUGGUUUCACUCAUAUGCAUGGCCUUGGUUCUCUGUUGAGGACACAGACGCCAGCAGAGACCCUGGGCUGGCAGCAAGUUUGUUUCCAUCUUUUCUGUGUCAGGCAGCUUGGCUCUGGAUGAGAGCAAGGACUGACCUCAGGACCCUCCAGGACUCACAGGCCCAGCCCGCGAGGCCAGACCCUGGCCCUAAGGCCUUCCCUUUCCCCAAAAGUGUACACAAUGGGGAAAGGGAAGCCAGGCAGGCAGGAAGCACAGUUUCCUUUUUAUGCAUGAGAAGUAAAUUUGCACUUCAUAGAACUAAAAUGAUUUUUCUUUUUGUAACCUCCCACCUUAACCCCAUAAUUUGAGCCAAACAGGAUUAUUUUACUCCACCUAAUGCCCCACUGGAAGAAUAAUGCUGUGCGUUAAGUCUGGUCUCCAUCAUUUCCUGUUUCUUUUAAGUGGAAAAGUCAGAGAAGCAGUCAUACCGUGGCGGGUAGGGGCAGGAAUCAGAGACCAGUCUCUGAUUCGGAGUAACUUCCUUUUCCCUCUGAAACUCAGUCUCAUCUCCGAGGCGUAAGUUGCAUUGUAAACUCAAUAGCGUGCCAGAAAAGAAGUCUUUUUGGCUGAGUUCAUAAAGUCCUAUAAACGCCAUCUUUUCAGUUCAGGCUGCCCUUUGUCACCAGCCCCACCUGGCCUCCCCCCUUUAGCUGAGACCUGAGAAUGACACCAAGAGAAGAGGGGGAGGAUUUGUGGAAGGUCCCCAAGGCUGUGUGGAGGUGGCUGCGGGGAACCUUUCCAGACCUGGACCCGCACCAGCCUGGAUCUCCUGUGGCCCUCUUCUGCCCCCUGCUGGCCAUGUGGGGUUAGCAGCGUGCAAGGAGGGUAACCCGUAUGCAAUCCCUAUACACUUAGAAACAGGCCAAAGCCCAUGGGCAUAUUUUUCUGGUGAACUUUUUUCAGAUGUCUUUGCCCAAGAAUCAAAAAUUGCUGCUGUCCACCUUUAGCAUUCCUAAUAAUUCUAUCGUUUGAGGCAAUAAAAUGCCUGGAAGAUUAAAAAAAUGUCCAGCAUAACUAUAACUUCCCACAUAUUAUAGGUCUAGGCCAUGGGCCAGGAGAACCACAGCACACAGAGAAGGUCGUACUUUAGAGUGAGGUGAAGGCUGUAAGGUCAGCGAGUGCCUUUGGGGGGCUGGCUGCUCAGCCAGUGAACACCGAAGACACGCUGCCUGGGAGUCAGGUGGCAGUAAGAGCCCCACCGGCAGUGUCUCCACAGACUCCCUGUGAUUCUGAGCUGCUGGGAUAAAUGACAUGCUUUCUGCAGCCCUGGGACUGUAGACUCCUGGGAGUGACCACAUCCAGAGGGUGUGAGGUCUUACUGGAGAAGAAGCUGGUUUUUCCUAGCUCCCCAGAGAUCAGGUUUGGGCUGACAUGGAAGAGGGCCCAGUUCCUUAGUCAGGCUCAGACACUCAGGCCAGGGGCAGGCUGAAGCCCGCCCACCCUCCCCCAGGCCAGCCACCCUUUUCCCAAUAGGAAGGCUGGCUGGGCCCUGGCUGACAUAAGGCCAAGGGCCAGGGCCUGGCCCAGAAUGUUGGCAGCCCUGAGUACCCCCACGUCAGCCUGAGGAGGCUCUGAUUUGCCUGUGGAUUCCUUUGUACGCAAUGGAACGUGGAAAGAUUGGUGGGUAGCCUUCUCCUUAAAGCCCCUGUCAAAGGUGGCCUCAUGAGGUCUCAGGUCCACACUCCCACUCUCACAGGGGUCACAUUUGGCAAAGUCCCCAGCGAGGUGGCCACAGCCAGGAUCCUUCUUCUGCUUUGGUGGGGGAGGUGGUAGCGGACCUCUCCUUGGCCAAGUUAGCGCCAUCAAAGGUACAGGUAUAGUUUAGGUUGGAUCUGGCCUUAGAAUUGAUCCAAGGGAGUUCCGUGGUGGUGCAACAGGGUAAGAAUCCUGCAUUGUUACUGCUGUGACUCUGGUUCAAUCCUUGGCCCAGGAACUUCUGCAUGCUGUGGAUGCAGCCAAAAAAAAGAGAGAACUUAUCCCAGAUCCUAGUGUAAGGAGGAAUCUCUCAACAGCAAUGAUCUGCCAUCGAUUAGGACUUUUUUUUUUUUUUUUGGUCUUUUUAUCUUUUCUAGGGCUGCUCCCAUGGCAUAUGGAGGUUCCCAGGCUAGGGACCUAAUCAGAGCUGUAGCCACCAGCUUACGCCAGAGCCACAGCAAUGUCAGAUCUGAGCUGCAUCUGUGACCUACACCACAGCUCAUGGCAACGCUGGAUCCUUAACCCACGGAGUGAGGCCAGGGAUCGAACCCCCAACCUCAUAGUUCCCAGUCAGAUUCGUUAACCACUGAGCCACAAUGGGAACUCCAGGACUUCUUUUUUUUCUUUCUUUCUUUCCUUUUUUUUUUUUUUUUUUUGACCAUGUCCUCAGCAUGCAGAAGUCUUGGGCAAGGGAUAAAACUGGAGUUACUGCAGGCACAGCACUGGAUCUUUAGUCCGCCAGGCCACCAGGGAGCUCCAAUUAGGACUUUAAAUGCAAAAAAAAAAGACCGAUCCUUUGCUCUUUCCCCAUUCCCUCCAGGAUUUCUGGAGGCAUGUGUUUCUCCUGCUGGGUGGUGGAUAUGAAACCAAAUUCCUGAUGGAGCAGCCAGAAUCAUUAAGAAGUUGUUCCACUGGGAACCCAGUCUCCAAAGCCCCAGGCAAUAUGUUUUAAGUGAAAACACCACAAGUCAGAGUGAAGGCUCCGAACAGGCAGCCACACUCCCUUCCAUUUAGCCUCCUGUCAUUUUGCAUACAAAUGGCACUAGAUAUUCAGGGACUUCCGCCUCCAAGUUACAAAAGAAAGACCUUCUCUUUCCUCUGGCCCACCAAUUUCACCCUUUCCCACCCCAGCCAACAUUGCCCCUAAUCCCAGAGGGGGGUCAAAAUCUGUGGCUUUUCCUUACCUGGGAGCCGGUCUUGCAGCUUCUCUGCAGGAGCUUCCUGGCUUUAGGGCAAGAGCUCUGCUCCAGACCUGUGGCCCUGUGAUUGAAGGGGAACUCGGCUUGGUGGUCAGAGGAGAAAGGUCACCUGUCCAGGCAGCCAGUCCGCUGGGAAGAGCUGCAUCGGCGCCUUCCUGGCACUCACCUCGCCAGGCCCCAGCCCUGCUCUUAGGGGCCGUGGGGGCGCCCAGGCCAGGGAAGGCGCCUCACCCCCUGGGCCGCUGUGAGGUUCGUGGCUACCAAAGCCUUCAGCUUCUCUGGUGCAGCUCCUGCAAAGCUUGGUUUGUUCUCACCGUUAAUCAGAACCUUGUAUUCUUUUGAGUAAUUUUCUUUGUGAAAAUGAAGGAUACUUUUAAGUACUGCUUUUUGAUUUAAGGACCAUUGAGAAGGUCAGGCUUGUUCUUUUGUCCUCCCUCAAGUAAGCUGUGAGAGGCGUUCAUCAGGUCCUAGUUCCUGAGAAAUGACUUGCUGCUCUUCCUGGUGGGGUUGCGGGCUGGGGAGGGGCGCAUGGGUGGAGGUGGAGGGACCUGUAGCUGCUAUGCUGGAGCCUCUUCAUCUCACUGGACUCUUUAGAGAAUUAAAACAUGGAUGGAAAACAGUAGUGUCUCUGGAUACUUAUUUAGAAAUAAAAAUGAGUGCUGCCACUC